GGAAGAAAAGUAGAAAGAGGAGGAAGAAGAAGAGGACGAACGAGAAGCUGAGCGGAGAGAGAGAGCGGCGGCGACUCUUCCCCGAGUCCCUUUCUUUCCUCUUUCUCCGUCGGCGUUGGGCGCGCGCGCGCGCGCGCUUGUGUCAGUGCAUCCUCGUGCCCAUCGACGAGCUUCUCCCCGACGCUUGAAUAGGAGCGCCAGGCGCCGCGCACAAAAUGGCGCUUAACCAGGACGUCGCGGACGUCGGAGCGACCGGCGGGGCCAAGAGUAACCUCGUCGUGCGUAUAGACCAGAAUUCCGAAUCGGACCUACAAGCCCUUUUCGACACCGUCCUCAAGCCGGACUCGAAGCGACCCCUCCAGGUGCCAUUACGCAUGCGCAAUCUGCCGGACUCCUUCUUCAACCCGCCCUCGACCGGCAGCAAGUCGCCCUCGAUCUCGCACUCCCGCGAGAACUCGGCGGACUCGGCCUUCGGGGCGGGCGUCGCCGGCGUAGCCAAUGGCUCUGGAGUUGGGGGUGCCACUAGCCCCGGUGCAGCCGCCGCCGCUGCAGCUGCAGCAGCCGCGGCUGCCGCGGCCGCAGCCCCCAGCGCUGCUCCCGCCGGUGCUGCCCAGGUUCCCCAAGGUCUCACGGUCGCGCACCCCCGGGCUCACAGUAGCCCCGCUUCCCUCCAACAGACUUACGCCUCGGCCCAGCAGCAGAACCAACACGCGCCCCAACCACAUUCAGCCCGUCAUCAUCACCACCAGAAGCAGAGGAGCUACGACGUUAUCAGUACGGUCGACGAUCUGGGACCUCUUCCCCACGGCUGGGAACAGGCACGCACACCCGAGGGUCAAAUCUACUUUCUCAAUCACCUGACGAGGACCACGACCUGGGAGGACCCGCGCAAGACGGCCGCGGCGGCGAGCGUCGCUGCGGUCGCCGCUGCUGUGGAGAGCGGCAAGACGAGUACAGCGGCCGCGGGCAGCAACGCCCUGGGCCCCCUACCCGACGGCUGGGAGCAAGCGAGGACGCCCGAGGGCGAGAUCUACUUUAUCAACCACCAGGCGCGCACCACGUCCUGGUUCGACCCGCGAAUCCCCACGCAUCUUCAGAGAGCCCCAACCUCCGGCGCCAUGUUACCGCAAAAUUGGCAAAUUCAGCAGCAGGCCGGUGGCGGCCUUCAAAGUAGUCAAACGCUCCAGGCCUGUCAACAAAAAUUACGCCUUCAAUCGCUGCAGAUGGAACGCGAGCGCUUGAAGCAGAGGCAGCAAGAGAUCAUGCGACAGGUCAGUUCGCAAGAAUUAAUGCUCCGACAGAGUACCACAGACGCUGCAAUGGAUCCAUUUUUAUCAGGAAUCAACGAACAACACGCUAGACAAGAGAGCGCGGACAGCGGCUUGGGCUUGGGCUCCGCUUAUUCCCUACCUCACACGCCCGAAGACUUCUUAGCCAACAUCGAUGAUAAUAUGGACGGCACAAGUGAAGGUGCUCCAAUGGAAACGCCAGAUUUAUCAACAUUAAGCGAUAACAUCGAUUCGACUGAUGAUCUCGUGCCUUCUUUACAGCUUGGUGAGGAUUUCAGCAGCGACAUCCUAGAAGAUGUCCAGUCAUUGAUCAAUCCUGUUGGUAAUACCACAAAGCCAGAAAAUAUUCUUACAUGGUUGUAGUAUCCUUAGCAAUACCAGAUUCGAGAAUGUCCGUCAUUGAUCCGCCGAACGACAGCUCGAAAGAUUUAUCGAAAGGACUCUACACUCAGUGAGAGACAGUCAAUACUCCUUAUGGGACAUAAGUGCAUAAGAACUCAUCGAAUAUUUAGAGCCUACAAAGUCCGUAUACACAUUUUUAGUUGUUAUAGUAUACGUGUGCGUAUAUGAAUCAAACUUUGUGUAAAUAGCUCCUCCCGUAACGGCCAAUGAUGUGCAAAAUUGAAUCGGGAACAAAAAUUCUAACUUCAGCAAUACAACUACUUUAAGUGCAUAAAUCAUAGGUCUAAAAAAAGAAAGAAAGAAGAAGCAAAAAAGA